AAAGAAAAGUCGCCCCUGAAAUUCUGGCAAAUGCCUAGUUAGCUGCGAAGUUGGCUACAAACGCUAUUGGCCGAAAGUUUGUUAUCACAGAUAAGGCAGCAUUUAGUGCCCCAUGAAGUCAGAAGCUGGUAUACUUAGAGGGAAAUAGCAAUAUCACCUGUUUCACAAGCUGAAAAGAUCUUGUAAUUUUAGAAAGAUUCUUGAUUAAACUAUUGCCGUCCUUGUCUAACAAUUUAUUGAUUUUAGAAAACUAAUUAUGCAGAAAAUUUUAUUGAGGCUUGGUGAUGGUAUAUCCAUUUUUGUUUUAACUCCACCUUCAGAGGCUUAAAUUUUAUUUAAAGCUUUAGUUCCAGAAGGUCGGUAGUGCCGAGCGGCACGUGGUCUCGUCUCUCUAAAAGCUUACAAGAUCUUUACGCAGGGGUUCGAUGCCGGGAGGCGCGGGCCUGCGCGCGGCGGCAACGGCUGUGCACUGUGCAGGGGUCGCUGUCAGUCGAGUUGAGAACACGCGCCAGCCUGUCGCAUGGUCCUCCUCUACGUCUGAACGAUACAUUCAAACUUUUAGUCUGUUCUCUAAUCAUAUCUCUCUCACAAGAAACUGAUUUGAAAAUACCGUUACGACUUACUGAAUUGCUUUCAGACUCUUUUAACACAGUUUGUAGAACUUUUUCUCACAGUGGUUGAACUUUCGCCAAAGAACUUUAGUGGCGGGAAAACAAUUUCAUAUCUGGCUUGACGUGCCGUGUCAUAUGUGUACGUAGAGUGGAGGGGGCGUUUGUCUCGGCUGGAGACAUGGUGUAUACGUCGUGAAUCGAUAUUUUUGGGACAUUCUUUGGCAGAUACCAUGAAUUUCGAGACAAAAUAAAGGAGAGAGGAUGAACAAUGCACGGAGAGGUGAUCAAUGACAGCAUGUCCCCGCCGCGAGCGAUGACCCAGCGCGGCGCGCGCGUCGGGCCGGGCGCGGCGGCGGCGGCGGCGGCUGGGCCCGGUCACGGCGCGACGCACCAUCCACCUACAAAACUACAUUUUAUACAAAAUUACACGCUUAUUAGGUUAUACCUACUCUCUUUACGGGUGAUAUCAUACUUAUAUCAAAACGCCUCCCUCUCGCGAGCGCGGACGAACAUUAAUCUUUCAAAGCGUCCGCUAGUCAAAUUAAAAGAUUUUGUAAAUUCCUUAAGAACUAGGACAAUUAUUUCCGAUGUUAAGUCGUUAUUAAUCGAGGUAAUAGUGCAAAUAUUCGUUGUUGCCAAGUGUGUGUGCGUGGCGCGGAGUCGAUGGAGGUACGGUGGGCGGAGUAAAGGCGGGCGAGCGCGAGCGCUGGUGCUGUGGCUGAUCGUGUUAAGUGCGUGCGAAGGAAGAAGAGACAAUGACCUGCACAUCGGGGGCAUCUUCCCGAUGGAGGGCGAGGGCGGCUGGCAGGGCGGGCAGGCGUGCAUGCCGGCCGCCGAGCUUGCGCUGGCCGACGUCAACGCCCGCUCCGACCUGCUCUCCGGUUUCAAGCUGCUGCUGCACAGCAACGAUAGCAAGUGCGAGCCGGGGCUGGGUGCAAGUGUAAUGUACAACUUGCUCUACAACCCGCCACAAAAGUUGCUGCUGCUGGCGGGCUGUUCCACCGUGUGCACCACCGUCGCCGAAGCCGCCAAGAUGUGGAAUCUCAUGGUUCUAUGUUACGGCGCAUCAUCGCCUGCGCUCUCCGACCGGGCGCGCUUUCCCACUCUGUUCCGCACGCACCCCUCAGCCACCGUCCACAAUCCUACGAGGAUCAAGCUCAUGCAAAAGUUCGGCUGGUCUCGCAUCGCUAUACUGCAGCAAGCCGAGGAAGUGUUUAUUUCGACGGUGGAGGACCUCGAGGCGCACUGCAAGAAGGCAACCAUCGAGAUCGUGACGCGCCAGUCGUUCCUGUCGGACCCGGCCGACGCCGUGCGCAACCUGCGGCGGCAGGACGCGCGCGUCAUCGUCGGACUGUUCUACGUGGUGGCGGCACGCCGCGUGCUCUGCGAGGUCUACAAACUCAAGCUUUACGGAAAAUCUUACGUGUGGUUCUUCAUCGGUUGGUACGAAGACAACUGGUUCGAAACUAACUUAGAGAAAGAAGGUAUCGACUGCACUGUGGAACAAAUGCGAGAAGCCGCCGAGGGCCACCUCACCACUGAGGCCCUCAUGUGGAACCAGAACGCCAAUCAGACCACUAUCUCUGGGAUGACUUCCGAGGAUUUUCGAUCUCGACUGAAUGAGGCUCUGCGUGAGGCCGGAUAUGACAUCGACGGAGAGAGGUACCCGGAGGGGUACCAAGAGGCGCCAUUGGCUUAUGACGCGGUUUGGGCGGUCGCAUUAGCUUUCAACAAGACGAUGGAAAAACUGGAAAAGAGCGGCCUGAGUUUAAAAAAUUUUACGUAUACCAAUAAAAAGAUAGCAGACGAUAUAUACGAGGCCAUAAACUCAACGUCAUUCCUUGGUGUGUCGGGUCUAGUGGCAUUUUCAUCCCAAGGUGACCGCAUAGCUUUAACGCAAAUCGAGCAGCUGUCGGAGCAACAUUACGUGAAGCUCGGUUACUAUGACACGCAAGCCGACAACCUGACGUGGUUGGAUCGCGAGCGGUGGGUCGGUGGCAAGGUCCCGCCGGACAGGACGGUGAUAGUGAACGAGCUGCGGACGGUCUCGCUGCCGCUGUUCGCUUGCAUGGCGUCGCUGUGCGUGGCCGGGAUCAUUGCGGCUAUUGCGCUCAUCAUAUUCAACUGCGUGCACCGGCAUAGAAGGGUGAUCCAGUGGUCGCACCCAGCGUGCAACACGGUGAUGUUGUGCGGCUGCUGCAUCUGCCUGGGCGCGGCCGUGGCGCUCGGCGUUGACGGCCGCUGGGUGCAGCCGCAGCACUUCCCCGGCCUGUGCGCGGCCCGCGCCUGGCUCCUGGCUACCGGCUUCUCGAUGGCGUACGGCGCCAUGUUUACGAAAGUCUGGCGUGUGCACAGGCACACUACUAAACCUAAGCCUGAUAGCAAGAAACGUAUGCACGGCUGGAAACUAUACACCAUGGUUGGCGGUCUGUUGGUGGUGGAUGCGACGCUGCUCACCACGUGGCAGCUGCGGGACCCGCUGCAGCGCGAGGUGGAGACCUUCUCGCUGGAGUCCCCGCGGCACCACGACGACGAUGUCCACAUCAGGCCCGAGCUCGAACACUGCGAGAGUAAAAACAAUACCGUCUGGCUAGGACUGAUGUACGGCUACAAAGGCCUGGUGCUGGUAUUUGGGCUAUUCCUGGCCUACGAGACGCGAUCUGUGAAGGUGCGGCAGAUCAACGACUCGCGCUACGUGGGGAUGAGCAUCUACAACGUGGUGGUGCUGUGCCUCAUCACCGCGCCCGUCACGCUGGUCAUCGCCUCGCAGCAGGACGCCUCCUUCGCCUUCGUCUCGUUGGCGAUCGUUUUCUGCUGUUUCCUCAGUAUGGCACUGAUAUUUGUUCCUAAGGUCGUGCAGGUGAUCGAGGUAAUCCGGCACCCCACGGAGCGCGCGGAGAGCGGCCGCGGCUCCGGCUCCGGCUCGGCGCCCGCCGACGAGGAGCGCUACCGCGAGCUCGUCAAAGAGAACGAGGAGCUGCAGAAGCUCAUUACGCAGAAAGAGGACCGCAUACGAGUGCUGAAACAAAAGCUGUGUGAGCGUGAGGCGGCGACGGCGGCGGCGGACGGCGUGAGCGUGACGCAAGGUACGGCCGUCGUGUUCGCGGACCUGGCCACCGCCACCUCCGACUACGGCACCUCCACCAAUUACACGCGCUCCUCGCGAGCUUCACUAUCUGACCCCGAAUUUUCCGAAAGUUACCUCUAAAUCUACUCGUCCAGUGACAGCUAAAUGAUUGCGAUGACCGGCUCAGCUUGAGCUUCUCCUUUAGACG